AUGAAUUUUGCUCCUCAUCGUAAUAGUAAAUUAUAUACAAGAUCAAAUGCGCGCAAGCCUCCAAUUAAUUUAAAACAACCCAAUAGCAAAUAUUAUGAACAACCUAAUAGCAAAUAUUAUGAACAACCUAAUAGCAAAGUUUUUAAAUUUUUUGGAAGUAUAAAAUAUUGGGAUGGUUAUGCUUGUCUGUUUUUUGUCGUAUGGAAUAAUGAUCCAGAUUUUCAUAAUGCACUUGAUGAAUUUAAUUAUGAAUCGGCAAUCAUUCAAAAUGAAAUAGAAAAUAUAGUGAGUAACGGUGGAUACGAAGAACGAUGCGAUUUCAUUAGAAAGUAUUUUAUAGACUAUUUUCAAAGUAUAAAUUCAAAAAAUGAUGAAUUAAAAAAUAAAGUGAUGAAAGAAAUUAUUAAUUAUCUUCAUGAUAAUCAUAGUUUGCCAAGCUUAAGCCAAUUCGAUAUAGGAAAUAUAUAUCGCAUGGAUCCGUCACAAAGGCAUCUAUUACGUUUGAUAUGUAUUUAUGGAAUUCAAGCUUGGAAAUACGCACAUUAUGCAAAUUAUAUUUCUUCAUAUCAAUGCAUGACCCAUAUUAAAUCUAAGUUUAUGCCUGGAAGCUAUCCGAAUUUACAAAAACAGAUGAUGUUUUUAGAGAAAAAAAACAGAGAGUUGACCAACGAAAUUGAAGCACUUAAAAGUGAAAAAGAAAAUUCAUGGAAAACGAAACAAUCAAGUAAAUUGUCUUUUGGAAGAUCAUCACAAGAUGAAGUAAAUAACUUGCUUCAAGAAAACGAACGUUUAAGAGAGGAAGCUGCAAAACAUCAGGCUGCAUUAGGGAACGCCAUGAAUUUCUCAUGGAAAGAUGAUGAUCCUAAUCAUUCUAGUCAGUUAAUGAAAGAAAUUGAUCAUCUUCAACAUGAAUUAUCAACUUUCACUAGUGUAAAAGGAUCUAAAAUAUCUAAAAUAAAAAUUCAUACCCAAGCUGUUAAUGAGCUGUUUAAAAAAUACAAAUGUUCAAUAACUUCUGAUGAUCCACAAAUGAAACUAAUUCUUGGUGCAGUUUUACAAAGACAUGCAUUUGAAUUUAUUCAUCAAGAAAUACUCAAUUAUUUUGAAGAUCAACAUGGAAAUUCAUUCUACGAAAACUCAAAUCUACCGAAUGAUUUACUUGAAGUUGGAAUUAUAAAAAAAACAAAAGAUUUAAUUAGCUUAACUCGUCGUUUUUCUGAAGUUAACCGAGGAAAUGACGACUAUACAUGUAUUCUUCCAAUAAAGAUACGUCAACAAAUUUACGCUGCUUUAAGUAAUAGAGGAUUUACCAAUCAAGAUCAUCCACUCAUUCAAAAAAUUGCUAAAGAUCUCUUAGAAUUAAUGGAUAGAUACAGAACCAUAGAAUCGAAAGAAAAAAAUAUUCAAUUACAAUCGAAAGCAAAGGAUAUAGUUUAUAAAAUCAUGAAUUUAUUUCAUUUGCGUAUACAUACUCAAAAACUACCUCCAGAAGUUCUUUUUUAUGAAGGUGGUGAAAUUUUUGAUGUUGAAAUUAUGGAUGAAAUCGCAAGUUUAGAGGAUUCAGAGGAAUGUGAUAUUGAAAUUUGUGCAUUUCCAGCUGUAGCAAUUAUGAUGAAUGAUAUUAUUGAUAAUUAUAGUUAUGAUAGGGUGAUUACUAGAGCGCAAGUGAUAUUACGACCUAGAGCUGAUAAUCUUUAUUGA